AUGGGACUUAGACAAAACAGAGAAGAGAUCGCAGGAUCCAAAAUGUUUGUGUACAGUCAAGGUGCAGAAUGGCCGCCGACCAUUUCCGUCGGUUUCGCCAAUGGUUCCGUCACCAUUAUACGGGGAGACUUCAUCCAUGACCGAGGCACCAAGCAGAGGAUCGUGUUCGAGUCUCAAGAUCCUAUCACGGCUCUCCAAGUCAGGCAGGGAACUACCAAAGUACUAUAUAUCGCUACUCUUGGCAAGAUCUCGAGCCUGGUCAUAUCAGGUAAAGGACAAGGUCAACCGGUCAGAACAGUCGACAAUCGUGGUUGCCAUCCAGGCUGUAUGACCUUCGAGCCCAGUACCAACGAUUUGAUUGUGGCAAGAGACGAUGCGGUAUACUACUACGGAGUCAAUGGCAGAGGUCCGAGCUAUGCUUUUGAUGGCCCCAAAAAGCUUGUCAAGACCUACAAAGACUACGUUGGCCUGGUCUGUCCUCCACGGGUUGCCCAAAUCUCAAAGAGCAAGACUUUCCGACGACUUGGCGCAGAUGAUGUUGACGACAUCUUCAGUAGCUCAUCCUUCACUCUACUGGACACUGACCUGAGAUAUGUCGCGUACACUGAAGCACUUCCUGCUCCGCCAAAGGACGUCUUUGUAAUAUGGGAUGAACUUUUCUUGUUGACGGAAGAUGGCAAACUCUUUCGAUAUCAAGAGAAAACAUCGCAGCAAAAGCUAGACAUCCUCUACCAACGGGACCUCUACAUUCUGGCCAUCAAUUUGGCACAAAAAUACGGUGUUGAUGUAGCUUUGCAGAACAUGAUAUUCCGUAAAUACGGCGAUCAUCUUUACCAAAAAGGUGAUUACGAUACAGCCAUGCAGCAGUACCUCCGAGCUGUAGACAAUACCGAACCCUCUCAAGUCAUUCGAAAAUACCUCGAUACGCAACGGAUACACAACCUCAUCGAUUAUCUAGAAGAGCUGCACGAGCAUAAUAAAGCUACCGCUGAUCACACUACCCUCCUGCUCAAUUGCUACGCUAAGAUGAAGGAUACUGAAAAGCUCGACAAAUUCAUAAGGACACCAGGUGAGCUCAAGUUCGAUCCAGACACAGCUAUACCCAUGUGCAGACAAGGAGGUUACUACGAACAAGCCGCAUAUCUCGCCACAAAAAACGGUGACAAUGAGCUGGUCAUUGAUAUUCUCAUCGAAGACCUGAAGAAGUACGCAGAAGCAUUACAGUAUAUCUGGCGAUUGGAGCCGGAAGCCGCCUACCCAGUAUUGAUGAAAUAUCCCCGUGUCCUGAUUGAGCAUUGUCCCACUGAAGCCACUAAAAUAUUCAUUGAUUACUAUACUGGCCAAUACAAACCAAGAGAAGACGUGCCAGCCGUUGCUGACAUUCAGCCCGAAGCGAGUGGUGGUGCUUUUCAGAGUCUAUCUGUGCUCUGGACCUUACCAUUUGUUGGAGGUAGAAAGGAUCAGACGGUGCCAGCAGCUCCAGUACCUAAACCAGAAGCUGAGCUUGUCACAAAUGAAGCACCCGAGAUCCUGCCACUAUAUGAGAAGCCGAAGCCGCGAUCAGCCUUCUCCUCCUUCGUCGAUCAUCCCACCGAAUUCAUUGCCUUUCUGGAAGCAUUACUAAAACAAACCGGUCUGGCUCAUGCUGAGAAGGUCGACCUUACAACCGCUUUGUUCGAGAUGUACCUGGAAUCAGCCAACAAGACAGUCGACAAGAAUGAGAAAGAUGCAUGGCAGCAGAAAGCCAAGAGCUUGAUCGUUGAGAGUGAUGUCAAAAAUACUGGGGUCGAGCCAAGCAUCGACACAUCGAAUGUGCUGCUUUUGUCAUCUUUAUCGAGAUUUCCCACCGGCACAACGCUUAUUCGAGAAAGGGCCAGCCUAUACCCAGACAUAUUUCGGUCAUACACUUCCGCCAAGGACACGACAGGUGCGAUAUCAGCACUUCGAAAGUAUGGGCAAGAAGACUUGUCACUCUAUGUAUUGGCAUUGUCCUACUUCGCAUCCUCCGACAAGAUCAUAGCAGAACCUGGCGUCAAAGAAGAGGUUGGAACCUGCCUACAGAAGAUCGAUCAAGAACGGCUUCUGGCGCCGCUUCAAGUUGUCAAGAUCCUCUCGCAAGGCGGUGCAAUGACAAUGGGGAUGGUAAAGGAUUAUUUGGCGACCAACAUUUCACGCGAGCGUAGAGAGAUUCAAAGCAAUAGGCGUCUAGCCGAUUCUUACCGUACAGAGACAGCAGCCAAGAAGAACGAAAUUGAAGAACUCAAUACGAAGCCUAUAGUGUUCCAGGCACGGAGAUGCAGCUCUUGUGGUGGUGGCCUAGACCUACCGGUCGUGCACUUUAUGUGUAAACACUCUUUUCAUCAGCGCUGUCUGAACACUAGGAUGGGCGUGAGUGUAGAGGAUGCUGACUGCCCUAUUUGCCAACCUGGGAAUGAUACUAUAAAGAGAAUUAGGAGAGUACAAAUUGAGAGCGCAGACCAGCACGACAUUUUCAGGCGUGAGCUUGAAAGGAGCACGGAUCGAUUUGGGACUGUUAGUGAGUUCUUCGGUCGUGGUGUGAUGACUGUGGCUGCACCCACAGAGUGA